AAGUGUUUCUCCCUUGAGUUUGCUCUUCUCUCUGAAAUAAAGCAAAAACAAAAAAAAUCCAGACUUUUUGUUGUGACUUGAUGUUAUCACAAUCUCUAUACUUUCUUACCAAACCCAUCUCUCCAUUGACACUUUUGCUGACUUAAUUCAUCGGAAUUUCUCUUUCACAUUGCCGGCUUUCGUCGUCUCAGAAAUAUCUCCCCACUAAUUCCAUGGCCCUGAGGUGUUUCCCCGUUUGGGUUUGUCCUCAAGCGACUCAUCGUUCUCCUCUCGUGGGUCCCGCCGAAUCAGACGCCAAACGCCGUGGCUCUUGCCUUUGGGAGUGCUCCUCCUCAGCUACCCAGAGAGCCGUCACUGCCAUUAGAGGCGAGAUCCCGUACGGUCGUGAACUCAAAAAGCCCUCUGAUGAAAUGGGUCUGACUCAGGCCACCGAGUCGGUUACCUUUCACAGAGACUUGAGUAUGCUUCCAAACUGUCUUAACAAGUUUAUAGAGAAGCAGACAGCAACAGCAACAACAUGGACGAGUGCGUAUAUCGUUCCACUGCCUUACCAGACACUGUGUCAUUGCCCCGUUGCAUCCCAUACGAUCGAAAAACUCACAGAGCCGGUGAAGGAGAUGGAUCUUUUCACCGAAACCGCGAAACCACUAACUGCAAACAAUCUUUACUCUUCUGCUGGCGAUGAUUCAAAAGUUCGUAUUUCGUUUCAGGGCAUACCAGGUGCAUAUAGUGAGACAGCAGCACUGAAAGCAUAUCCAAAUUGUGAAACCGUGCCAUGUGAACAGUUUGAAACUGCAUUCCAGGCUGUUGAGCUUUGGUUGGUGGAUAAAGCAGUAUUACCUAUCGAGAACUCAGUAGGUGGAAGCAUCCACCGUAAUUAUGAUUUGCUUCUUCGUCAUAGGCUUCACAUUGUUCAAGAAGUCCAGUUGCCUGUGAAUCAUUGUCUCUUGGGAGUGCCUGGUGUUGCAAAAGAAGAUAUUAAAUGCGUUCUAAGUCAUCCUCAGGCGCUUGAUCAAUGUAUGAACUCGCUUAACAAUUUAGGCAUACAGAGAAUUUCUGCAAAAGACACCGCCACUGCUGCUCAGAGUGUUUCUUCAAGCGGUAAGAGAGACGUAGGAGCAAUCGCAAGUGUUAGGGCUGCAAAUAUAUAUGGUCUAGAUAUUCUUGCCGAGAACAUACAAGAUGAUGCUAACAAUGUGACCCGCUUUCUGAUACUUGCGAGAGAGCCUAUGAUUCCAGGAACAGAUCGACCAUAUAAGACAAGUAUCGUGUUCUCGCUAGAAGAAGGUCCUGGUGUGCUGUUCAAGGCCUUGGCUGUUUUUGCUUUGAGAAGCAUUAACUUAUCCAAGAUAGAAAGUCGUCCACAGAGACGAAGACCGCUAAGAGUAGUUGAUGGUUCUAACAAUGGAAGCGCCAAGUACUUUGAUUACUUAUUCUACAUUGAUUUUGAAGCUUCCAUGGCUGAAACACGUGCUCAGCACGCCCUUGGCCAUCUACAGGAAUUCACAAGUUUCAUCCGUAUCCUUGGGUGUUAUCCAAUGGACGUAGUCAGUUAACCGGGGAAAAUCUUCAAUGGAUUUCAUGUUACCAUACCGUGCAGAAUCAUGUGAAUAUACCCAAACAGAAGAACCAAGUCUGUGGCUUUGCUAUAUAACCGCAAGACUUUUCUUUUACCAUUUUCUCAUCUUAGAAGUUUAGCUUCAAACUCUUCAUUGCUGAGACAAAAACAGUUAAUCUAGCCUAUUGUUAAGAGUAUGUUUUGUACAUUAAACAGGUUUCUCAGUUAAGUUCAGUGAAUAACUUGGUAGCUGUCUGAGACUAAGCUAUGUGAUACAAAAACAGUAACUCUGAUUAAUUUCAUAAUCUUCAUUACAAAAGCUGGCCCUCUGUAGAACACAAGGCUGAUCUCUUUCACUUCCAAAAAGUAAAAUGAGGACUUUCGAGAAAAGUCAAGGAAAUAAAAAACCUAAAACCAAGAUACCGUUAAUACGGUUUUUAUUCUAAUCAUAGAAGUUCCACAGGGGAAAACGGAACUUCGAGCUCCGAUUCGUUUGACAUCAUUUUGGCGAAAGGGUCAAAAGCAGACCGAAAUGGUCACUAGGCAACACUGGAAGCUCUAACUCCUUAAUCGCACCCCUCACUUUCUUCUCCUUCACAUAGGAUAAACCAGGAAUCGCCUCUUUCCCCACCAUCUCGAUUCCGCCAAGCUUGUAAUCAUCCAGACGGCACAUAAUCCGGUCCAACCGUUUCUGCAAUGCUCGGUUACCUGACAACAUUGGGUUUGCCUUGGUGUCGUAUGUAAAACCGAUAUCACCUGGUUUCAGAACCUCCCAAGCAUCGACCCACUUGUCUGGCAGAGGAAACUUCCCAUCUAGCUUGUCGUCCCAGUUCAUGUCUCCACCGAAUAUCACGUUGGGAUUAGCUCCGAGAAUCUCGAUCGCCUCAUUGGCUUGCUCAACGCGUUCUCGGCUAAACAUUUGGUCCCAUUUCGGAGGACCUGGACAUGGACUCUCGAGAUGGCUUGUAGCCAGAACAAGCGGCUUUCUCCCCGGAACUUCAACCUCUGCAAUUGACAACUCUCUUCCCAUUAUCGAGUUCCUAAAGCUUUUGCAGCUGAAAGAUUUCACCCCAACCUUGCUCAACAGCAUGCAGAAGUAGGCUUUUGAUUGUGCCACAUCGAAUGAGACAGAGCAAGAAUACGCUUUCCACCAGCUCGACUUGCGGAAGAUAUCAUAUAUCUCAGGAGUGACCUGAAAACAGAUGAGAUGAGGAGAAUGGAGCUGAAUAAGGUGGCCGAUCGCUUUCAUCCGAAGAUUCAACUCAAGAUCUUCACGGAACCAAACAUUGUAGCUCAACAUCUUCAAGCAAGAGAAAGGUGCUCCUCCUGAAUCAGAAGACCUUUCGUAUCAAUUUCUUUGUUCUUCUUCAUGACACUCAGCGAUUCAGAGCGAACAACAGAACCACCAUCAACCUCAACGACGUCAUCAUCCAUGGCCUUGCGCUUACUACACCGCCGCAGGGGAAAGAAAACCGACCCGACGGAGCAACCAGGGUUGCUGUUACUUUCGAGACCCGAAUCGGUCAGGUCGUCGAAGCCCAGGAGAGAAGAAGACGAAGGCGAUCGCGUUCCGCAGAUAUCGCAGACUGAGUUCUUGUACGUGUUCAAAAAAGUGCAGCCUUUGCACGCCCAUUUCGGUUCAUCGCUCGAGGAAACUGAGAUGGAGGAAGUGACAGGUACGGGAUUCAAGCAGAUCAUACACUUGAGUUUCUGAGACGGAGAAUUGAGGAAAGUACAUUUGUUGCAGGACCAUGAUGACGAGGAAGACGAUGACGACAUCGCGAGGGUUGUGAGGAGUCGGAGAAAUCGGGUUGUUGACAUUUUACCCUAAUUUUACUUUAAUAAU